UGGAACCCUUUGAACCAUGGGAAUCUAGUCAUGGCUGAAUGUUUAGAAUGCUCCGUAUUAUAAGGCUUCAAGUUGACGGAUUUCUGUUCCGGUGGGCAGUCUUAACAAUGCACAGCUGGAUUAAUUAAUAAAGAGCUGAGACUGAACAAUGAAUUAUGAUGGACUAGACCCGGGAUUAACAGAAUACACACAAGGUCUUCAUCCUGUGCUGGACUCUAGUCUAGAAUCUGCACUUGAUCCAACAUUAGACCCUCACCUUGGUCCAGCCUUGUUACAGAAUGUUGAACUGGAUCCAGAUGGAAUGCCCCUGGAAGCUAUACAGGUCCCUGAUUCUGUUCACAUCAUGGAGGGGGUGUACUCUGAGCUUCACACUGUUGUAUCAGAGGUUGGCGUACCUGUAUCUGCGGUUCAUUUCGAUUUGCAGGAAGAGUUGCUGUGGGUUGGAAGUCAUGGGGGCCAUGCAACGUCAUUCUUUGGACCUACAUUGCCAGCACUGGAUCGUUAUUCUUCUUUCCAAGUCCAUAGUAGUGAUGACAUCCGUCAAAUACAGAGCCUUGAAAAUGGCAUUAUGUUUUUAGCUAAAAAUAAUCUGAAAUGUUGUACCAGAGGUGGGCUAACAAUGUUCGAUUACCCCAUGGACGAAACAGCAGAUAUGCAUUGUCUAAUCCUGACUGAAAAUAACACACUUCUCCUAGGAGGACUUCAGAACUACAUUACUGAAUUUGACUUGAAUGCUGUCCAGGAGACACAGAAGUUCUCUGUUGAGGUUCCAGGGGUUGCCAUCAUGAGACAGUCCAGCAGAUUUCUGUUCUGUGGCCAUACAUCAGGAAAGGUAUCCCUUCGUGAUCUUCGAACACUGAAUCCAGAGCAAGAAUUUGAUGCCUACUCGGGAAGCCUUUCAGAUUUUGAUGUCCAUGGCAACUUGCUGGUAACAUGUGGGUUUUCCAGCCGGAUGAAUGGUCUUGCCUGUGAUAGGUUCUUGAUGGUGUAUGAUUUACGAAUGAUGCGAGCUAUUACCCCCCUGCAGGUUCAUAUCGACCCUCUGUUCCUGAGGUUUAUUCCCACAUACACUUCUCGGCUUGCUAUAAUUUCCCAGACAGGGCAGUGUCAGUUCUGUGAGCCUACAGGUCUUGCCAACCCAGCAGACAUCUUUGACAUCUUUCACAUGAACUCAGUUGGGCAGUUGGUGAUGGCAUUUGAUGUAUCCUCCAGCAAACAGGCACUGGUGUUUGGGGACUCUGAAGGCUGUGUUCACUUAUGGGCUGACUCGCCUAACAUUAGUUUCAAUGACUACUCCAGAGAGCUUGAGUUUGCAUUACCAUGUAUAGUGGAUAGUUUUCCACACCUGGAUUGGAACCAGGACCUUAUGCCGCUCUCAGUUACUCCCAUGCCAUUGACGAGUGAACCACUUCUGUCAGAUUGGCCAUCUGCUCUCUGUGUGCCUUCACCCAGGCGUGCUCCACCAGUUGAUCCUGAAACACUACGUACAAUGAAGCAGGUUGGAUUUAUUGGGUAUGCUCCAAAUCCACGAACAAAGCUUCGUAACCAGGUUCCCUACAGGCUAAAAGAUGCAGAAUCUGAAUUCGACAGCAAUAGUCAAGUUCCAGAGUCUCCAAUUGGGCGAGAAGAGGAGCCGCAUUUUUUCAUGGUGCCCAAAAAAUACAGAAAGGUCACUAUAAAAUAUUCAAAGCUGGGACUCGAAGACUUUGAUUUCAAGCACUACAAUAAAACACUGUUUGCUGGCCUUGAGCCUCACAUCCCGAAUGCAUAUUGCAACUGCAUAAUUCAGGUGCUGUAUUUCAUGGAGCCAAUCCGUUGUCUGGUUCAGAAUCACCUGUGUCAGAAGGAAUUUUGUCUGGCUUGCGAACUUGGAUUCCUGUUCCAUAUGCUGGAUCUUUCAAGAGGAGACCCAUGCCAGGCCAGCAAUUUCUUGCGCGCAUUUCGCACAAUUCCAGAAGCAUCAGCUCUUGGCCUGAUAUUGGCAGACCUUGAUGAGGCCAUGAGGAAAGUAAACUUGGGACAACUGAUUCAGAGCUGGAAUUGUUUUAUACUUACACAACUCCACCAGGAAACUCAAGAGCAGGAAGCACCACAGGCUUAUCGAGGUGUUGGAAGCAGUGUCUUUGGAUGUGCUGGUGACUCUGUGAUUAGUCAACUGUUUGGCUGCGAAAUUGAAAAUUGCAGCAUGUGUCGGUGUGGGAAGGAAACUGUCCGUGUAUCAUCAAAUCUGUUGUUUACUCUUCAUUAUCCUGAAAGCACUAAUGGUGACAAAACCAUAAGAGAAUGGGAUUUUGCAGACAUCCUGAAAAGGAGCAUUUGCCUUGAGAUGAACACACAAGCAUGGUGUGAAAACUGUGAGAAGUACCAGCCGACGGUACAAACACGGAAUGUCCGCUGCCUGCCUGAUGUACUGGCAAUUAAUUGUGAGGUUAAUAGUAUUAAGAAAGCAGAAUUCUGGAAAGCACAGGCAGAGUAUGCUUGCAAAAAAGCAGUGAAGAAAGAAGAUACAGAGAUGCCAAAACCCAGAGAAAAUAAUCCUUCAGAAUGGGAAGAGCUCUGUGGUGAUGAUGGUUUCUAUUUCAGUACAUCCAUUGAGGAGUUAAAGAAUGUUUGGGUUCCAUAUUCUGUCAAGAUGAAACUAGGCAAAAAUAAAGAACUAGAAGUUACUAGCUGCAGUGAAACUGAUGAGUUAUGUCUGGUAGAAGAAGAAGAAGGUGUGUAUAUCUAUGAUCUGUUUGGUACAGUUGCCCACGUUCUGGAUCCCCGGACUGGUGGAAACCUUGUGGCACACAUUAAAAUUGGUGAAACUUAUCACCAGAGGAAGGAGGGUGUGACACACCAGCAGUGGUACCUGUUUAAUGAUUUCCUUAUUGAACCAGUGGACAAGCAUGAAUCAGUGCAGUUUGAGUUAAACUGGAAGGUGCCUGCCCUCUUGUAUUAUGCCCGAAGAGGAUACUACGCAAAGUACAAUCUGAGUAUUAAAAAUCCAAUUGAAGCAAGUGUUCUGUUGGCUGAAGCAUCUUUGGCCCGCAAGCAGCGGAAGUGUCAUGCCACAUUUAUUCCGUUGAUGCUGAGUGAGAUGCCCCAGCCUGGUGAGCUUGUGGGACUAGAUGCAGAGUUUGUUACUCUUAAUCAGGAGGAGGCUGAACUUCGAAGUGAUGGUACCAAGUCUACAAUUAAACCCAGUCAGAUGUCUGUUGCCCGGAUAACAUGUGUCAGAGGACAGGGACAGAAUGAAGGAGUGCCAUUUAUUGAUGAUUACAUCUCCACCCAAGAGCAGGUUGUCGAUUAUUUAACUCAGUACUCUGGAAUUAAACCUGGAGAUCUGGAUGCAAAAAUUUCUUCCAAGCAUCUCACUACCCUGAAGUCCACAUAUCUGAAGCUGAGGUUUCUGAUUGAUAUUGGAGUGAAGUUUGUAGGACAUGGACUCCAGAAGGACUUUAGAGUGAUAAACCUUCUUGUUCCAAAAGAUCAAGUCAUAGACACCGUGUACUUGUUUCACAUACCAAGAAAGAGAAUGAUCUCUCUCCGUUUUCUAGCAUGGCACUUUUUAGAUCUGAAAAUCCAAAGUGAAACCCAUGACAGCAUAGAAGAUGCACGGACAGCCUUGCAGUUGUACAGAAAGUAUUUGGAACUCAGUAAAAAUGGCAGGGAGCCAGAUAAGUUUAGAAAAGUUCUGAAAGGCUUAUAUGAGAAAGGCCGUAAAUUGGACUGGAAGGUUCCAGAUCCAGAUGGAGAGAAUCAGAGCAGUCCAAAAAGUACUCCAUCCUUUGCAGAUGUUAUAGGUUUAUGAAAUGAAGAUACUGUUUUCAAAAUGUAAAUCAGAAUUUUUAAGGAGCAGAUUUGGCAGAUGCCUUUGAAUACCAGUGCUCUUGAUGUAUUUGAAGUGGAUUUUACUGCCUACUGAGAACUAUGAUUUUUUAAGAAGAGACUUUUUGAACCUCCUUUUUUCAAGCUGUCAAAUGUAUAUAUUUCAUCUGUAUAUAAGAAUAACUUUUAUAUCAGGUCAGUGCAAUAAAAUGACAUUAACUCUGA